GAUGAUCAGUGUGCCCUGAUGAUCAGUGUAGCCCCAGCAGUGCCACAUGCCAGUGUCCAUCAAUGCCAGCUGUCAGUGAUCAUCAGUGCCACCUGCCAGUGCCCAUCAAUGCCACAUAUCAGUGCUCAUCUGAGCUGCCUUUCAGUGUCACCUAUCAGUGCCAUGCCAGUCAGUGCCAGUCAGUGCCGCCUAACAGGGCCAGUCAGUGCCGCCUAACAGGGCCAUAUAUGAGUGCUGUCUUUCAGUGCCCAUCAGUGAUGCCUGUCAAUGCCCAUCAGUGCCACCUACCAGUGCCUCAUCAGUGCCCAUCACUGCAGCCUCAUUAGCGCAUAUCAGUGAAGGAGAAAAAUCACUUAUUUACAAAAUUUUAAAA